GCCAUGGAGCCGCUGCCGCCGCCGCCGCCGCUUCUUGCCUGCCUCCUCCUGCUCCUCCUCGCCGCUGCGGUGGCGCCGCCGGCCGCGGCCGUCUGCGUUCCGCGCAAGCCCGGCUCGCCCGGGAAGCCCGGACGCCCCACCGGCCCCACCCCAGUGCCGCCGCCGAAGCCGAAGCCAACGCCGCCCGCGCCCGCGCCGCCGAAGCUGACGCCGAUCAUCCCGGGAGCCGACAUCGUGAAGAGCAUGUGCCUCAAGACGGAUUACCCCGACGUGUGCCUGUCGUCCAUCGCAAAGCUGCUGCAGCCGCCGCCGCCGCCGGGCGGGAAGCGUCUGGACGGCGCGGGCGUGCUGCGGCUGGCGAUGAGCGCCGUGCGCGGCAAGGCAGCCGAGGCCAAGAACGCGGCGGGCGCGCUCGCUGCCAACCCCAAGACGCCGCCGCUGGCGCGGGGCCCGCUGCAGGACUGCGUGGAGUCGUACGACGACAUCGCCUACAGCCUGGACAAUGCCGAGAAAGCCAUGGCCGGCGGCGACAGGGACACCACGGGGACCAUGCUCGACACCGUGCGCACCGACGUGGACACCUGCGACCAGGGCUUCGAGGAGCGCGAGGAGCUCACGCCGCUCAUGGCCAAGCACGACGCCGAGCUCGCCAAGCUCGCCAGCAACUGCCUCGCCAUCGCCACCGCCGCCGGCCUGCGCUAGAUCGAUCGAUCGUUCAUCCAUAGCUGCGCUAGCACCUAGACAACAACAAUUACACCGUAUACGCGUACACCUCGUCGCGUCGAAGAAGCUUGGCUGAUGCACGAAGCUUGUGUAUCCAUCUCCCUAGGAAGAACAUGUAGUUAGUGGAAGCCUUUCGAUUUGUGUCCGAUUUUAAUCUUGCAACCUCCAAUCUUUAUUUGUGUU